AAAGAUAUUUCACUUUUUGUAGAUUUGAUGAGAUUUUCGACAGAUGCUAUAGAUGCCUUAUCACAUGCUGGUAUAACGAUUUCACGAAGACAUCUUGAUAGAGAGAAAAUAGCUAUCACCGAUAAUCAUCUGUCUAAA